AUGAAAGUUCCCCAACCUGGACUACUCUUGAUUCAACCCCAAAAUAAUUUUCACAAAUCUCUGAGAUUCCUUUUUGUAAUCGCCCAAAUAUUUGGAUAUUUUCCGGUUCAAGGUGUUUCGGAAGAAAAUGUAACUGGGAUAAGCUUUACUUGGUUUUCUUUGAGAGUAUUGUCGUCACUAUUAACAGCGUUUUUGGGAAUUGUAGUAAUUUUUGCACAAAUUAGAUUUAUGAAACUUAUAACAGGCUAUGAGCAGGCACAAAUGAAUGCGAUCGUAUUUUAUGGUUCUGGAACGUUGUCAAGUUUUCUUUUCAUAAAAUUAGCUAAAGAUUGGCACGAAAUUAUGACCAAUUGGAACCAAUUAGAUARGGCAUUGAUAUCACACGGUUGGCCUAAAGGUUUAGAUAAAACUUUGAAACGUAUUGCUAUAAUUUUCUUAGCACUUGAAGCUGCUGAACACUUUACAAUUCAGGCUAACAAACUUAUAGUGGCAGUGAGUUGUCGUGGAUCAUUUUCUAAAGGUUUCCGAUACUUUGCUGUCGAAAUGUCUUUUGCAGUGGUUUUCGAUUUUGUCGAUUAUGCUCAUUGGCUCGGCAUAAUUUUUCAGCUAAUGAACACCAGAAUGGCAUUUGCGUGGACUUUUCUCGACCUGUUUAUUAUUUUGGUCAGUUGUGCUUUAAGUGAGAGGUUUCGUCAAAUUAACGAGCGAAUUCAACACUUAACAAAUAUUAAAUCAAAACACUUCAAAGAAUGGACUGCAWUAAACGAAGAUUAUAACCGUCURUGCUUAUUUUGCGAUUAUUUAGACGAUAAAAUUUCAUGGCUUAUUUUAAUUUCUUUUUUCAACAAUUUUUAUUUCAUUAUUUUUCAAGUGCAUUUGAGUCUGAAUCUUGUUCUGGCACCGCCGUUAGAAAUUAUUUAUUAUUUAAUUUCUUCAAGUUUACUCAUUCUGAGAAUGGUGUCUGUCUGUAUUUAUGCAAAUCGAGUAUAUGAAGAAAGUAAAUUACCAGUGGACAUUCUUUCAGUUGCUCCUUUAGAAAUCUACAAUCAAGAAAACGUCAGACUUAUUGUAACUGCUAAGUAUCAAACUACAGGGCUUACGGCCAGAAAAAUGUUUCUUCUUACAAAAAAUCUUAUUUUUGGAAUUGCUGGCGCAGUACUUGCUUAUGAAUUAAUAGUGAUACAACUUAAUAAAAAUCAGCCAAGGAAGCAACAACCAUCUCUUUAUUCAUUGUGUUAA